AUGGCAUCCCGGAUCAAGCCAAUCCAGGACCUGAGUGAUCAGGGCGAACAGGACCGAGUAGCCAGCGAGCUACUUAACGAGAACAAGAAGGUUUGGAAUCAGAAACCCGAUAUCAAGCGCGCGGCCUGGCUUACCCAUUCCUCCAAUUACAAGAACCAGAAAUCCUCCGCUCUCGUCGUCGAAUUCUCCGACCCGAGGCAUGCAAACGAGGCAAUCAUGAAAGGGACUAUUUGGGCCAGCGAUAGCCGGAUGACUGUUCUAUACGAUAGGAACGCGCGGAUUCGGCGAUACUUCAAAUGUCAGCAAUAUAGACAUAUAGGAAUCGUUUGUUCGAAUAAAACAACCUGCGGCCUCUGUGCCGAAGGCCACGAGACCCGGUCUUGCGUACAGAGGUCUGCCACCGGAAGCCAGAGACGCAAAUGCGCUGGAUGCGGCGAAGCGCACGCCGCCUGGUCGAAGGUUUGUACGAGGUACGUAACGGAGCAGGAGCGGGUGCAAACUGCAGCUCAAUAUCGGCAGUCCCUAUGCCGUAUCCCGCCCUAUCUACAGGAUUAUCCCUCCGUGGUUAGCGACACGGAGACCUCUAGCCCGCCCAACAGCGAGGGGCGGGCUGUGGGAUCUGGGGAACAGAGGGAGAGAUGGACCCGGUCAAUCAGCCGGCCAGCGGAGCGGAAUCGCUCUACAGUAAGAUUUCAAGAAGGAUCUAUACCGCUAUAUAGCUCGCAGGAACUUGCCCCUGUACAGCAAGAAGAGGCCCUAAUAGACCUAAGCCCGGAGAUGGACGUGGAUCUUACCCCGUCUGAGAUAGAACCGUCGAUUGCCCAGCAAAUCAACAUGAUCAGCGAACCGGAGACGCCCGCACCAGUGACCCCUGCCCCCAGAGAUCGUACCUUGAGCAAGAGGCGCCCCCGCAGCGUCACCUCCUUGCGGGCAACGAGGCGAAACGCUAGACACCAUGUAACGCAGGAAGCCGCCCCCUUUGCCAUUUCGCCUGCUACAGGGGAUACCCCUCCAGCGAAGAGGACCCGAAGCAAGCAGCCAACCUACCGAGAACAAUCAAUAUCGACUAGCGAUAUCACUAGCGACAACGCAGUGACAGCCCUCCUAAAAUCGCCGGAGGCAUCUCUUAUCCCUGUACCUACCCCCUCAGGGCAUUCGACCACGAUGGUCUUAGCCGAGGAUAACACGCUUGCCCGCUCAAUAUCAAGGAAACGGGACGAGCGGGCACGCGUGUGCCUCUUUAUUUCGCGACAAAUCGACUUUAAUACCUGGAAACAUAUACCCCAUUCGAGAGACAUUCAAGAGCUUGAUCUGACCGAUGCUGAUAGCAAGCGGCUUCGCAUUUUCAAUAUAUAUAAUCGACCUGCCGAGAUUAGCAUAGGUACCUUAGGCCUGGUCAGUAACUUCACUACUAACAAUACUAACGAUCACGUCCUCCUACUGGAGGACUUCAACCUUUACCACCCGGCCUGGGGCGGCGAGAAUGCCGCCCGGGAUACCCUUUCUAACCAGUUACUUGACUUAAGCGAUAGAAGGUGCCUGGAUCUCUGGCUAGAGCCGGGCACUACCACCAGAGACGAAGCCGGAGCGAAGACCACGAUCGACUUGGUCCUCGGCUCGCAGGGCCUGACCCCUAGACUCGUUACCUGUGAGGUCACUGAAAAGAUUUACGCAGAUUCCGAUCACCUACCUAUACGGACCCUUAUCGACAUCCAAACCAAGAUUCCGGAGGCGCAACGGCGCCGCAACUGGAAGGCGUGCAAAGUAAAAGAACUACAGACUUUUGUAGACCUGAACUUACACAGUAAAGCCUUUCCACUUGAGAAUAAGCAGCACAUUGAACUCGCAAUAGAGUUUCUUAUUGAAACGAUAACGGCCUCGCAGAAACUGCAGAACAGAAAGUUGAAGCAUUCCAGAAGGUUUUCUUUCCUCAUUGCAGACCUUUCCGAUAUCCCUACGACCUCCCUACCUCGGCAACUUGGCUUCCCGGAUCUUGCCGAACACAAGGUGCUGCGCUGCAUCCGAAAGGUGCCUCCUGACAAGGCUCCCGGGCCUGACGGCAUCCCUAAUAAGGUCUGGCACUGUCUAAGUAAGGUUUCCUCCUUUGUGAAGGCGCUCACGGGUAUCUUUAAUGCCUGUAUCCGGCUCGGGCAUAAUCCCGGAUACUUUCAGCAAUCUAUAACGGUAGUCCUCCGUAAGGCCGCGCCACGGGAUUAUCGGCUCGUCAAAUCCUACCGGCCUAUUGCCCUCUUGAACACACUCGGUAAGAUUCUAGAGGCGGCAAUCGCCACCCGCAUAGCUUACGCAUUGGAGGAACAUAGCUUACUGCCACGAGGGUACCUAGGGGGACGCAAGGGCAUCUCUGUCGACCACCUGAUUCAACUACUGAUGGAUGCUAUCUUUGAUGGCUGGGGCCGAGGCCAGAAAGUAAGUAUGCUCCUGUUAGACGUAGCAGGGAUUUUCGACAACGUCUCCUACACCAGGCUGCUGCAUAACCUGAAGAUGGCACGACUAGGGCACUUCGCCGGGUGGCUAGAGUUAUUCCUUUCAGACCGACAGACCCGGCUCCAACUACCUGGCUACCUGAGCGGUAUCAUUUCCACCCCCACGGGGAUCCCCCAGGGGUCCCCUAUCUCCCCGAUCCUUUUCCUUCUUUUCAAUACGCCCCUUAUUCGGGCACUAGGAAUCAAUACCGUUGAGAGCAUGCGCAUCCAGCUACCGCUCUCGGGCAGAACCCUGGCAUUCGGCUGGAUUGACGAUGCCUGUACGAUCGCUCUCUCCGGAUCCUACGCAGCUAAUCAGUGUCUACUGGAGUGGGCACUCGAUAAGGCUGCUGUAUGGUCCUGGCAGCAUUCGUCUAGGUUUGCGCCGGAUAAGUUCGAACUGAUACACUUCCGGAACUCGCUGGACCCCGAUCCCGGGGCCGAGAGGGACACCCCCUGUGAUUACACGGAACUAUGGAAGGGACAGGACCUUACCAACACUAACGGGGAGGACGGGAGCGCCUGGGAGGUUCCCGUGGAACCCCCGGGGCAUGACCAGCUGCCAAUAAAGGAUCACGCAACGGGACACAUCAUUCGGCCAGUGGAACACGCUAAAUACCUCGGAAUCUGGCUCGAUAAGACUCUCUCCUUUACCACCCACUGCACCAAGGCGGUAACGAAGGCGAACGGAAGCCUCGAAGCCCUACGGAGCAUCUCUGCGUCCACAUGGGGCACGUUCCUGCUGAACACGCGGACCAUAUAUCUGGCCGUAGUAGUUCCUCAGGCGGCCAUUCAAGCCGUGCAGAACCCUGGCCGACCAUCAGGCCAGUACGUACUACGGGCUAUCUACGAGAGGAUCAGGUCCCUGAGAGACGGGGGCCUGCAGCAGGGAGAUAUAGAGCUGCGCUGGAUCCCUGCGCAUAUCGGUGUAGAAGGGAAUGAACGAGCUGACGAGGCAGCCAAACGAGCCGCGAUAAAGGGGACUGAAUUAAGCUCAGUAGGGCCAAGGGAACUGGCCGCUCGGCUAAUCACGAGGCUCGCAGCUGCAGCCAAAACUGACGUCCGCCGGAGAAUCCAGGCGCAGUGGGCGAAGUGGUGGGAGCGACAACAAGUUGGAAAACCUACCAAAUGCCUGAUUCCGAAGCCGAAUAAGAAGGUCUUAAGGAUGUACGAGGGCCUGAGCAAGCCCCAGACUUCUAUAAUCAUCCAGAUGCGCACUAUGAGGAUCGGAUUGAGGCAUUUCCUCUUUAAGAUAAAGCAGGUCGAUUCCGACAGCUGCAGUCGGAGAAUAAUGAUGAAACGCCUCGACUCUAUCGAGGGACUGCGUGGGCGUAUACAGGACUACGACGCAGUCAUGAACUACCCGCAGGCGAUACGCUACGUCGCCGAUUUCAUGCAACGAACAGGCCUCCUACAGCAGUUCCGAUUCGCCACGUUUAACGACGAGAAGGACGAGGAGGUCCCGGAACCCAGCACCCUCCUAGAGGGACUCGAUCUAAACGAGGAAAACGAUAGUUAUAUUGAACAAUAA